AUGUUAUUGCUAACAGGUGUUCUUUCAACAACAUUUACAAUAACAAACAAGCGUAACUACACAGCAUGGCCAGCCAUUGACUCAUAUCAAUCAAACGCUUAUCCAUCAACUAUAAAUACAACUGGUUUUUCCCUUGAAAAGAAUGAGUCAAAGAUCAUAACAGCACCAGCUUCCUGGAGUGGGCGUAUUUGGGGCCACACCUAUUGCACCGAAGAUUCCUCAGGAAAUUUCUCCCGCAUCACGGGCUACUGUGGCUCCGGAAAGCUAGAAUGUUCAGGCAGCAAUGCUCCUCCUACAACGUUGGCAGAGUUCACGACUGGCGGUUAUUUGAACGAAUCAUGUCCUUCAGAGCUUAAGGUUACCUUUGGUUCAGAAGGCAAGACUGUGGGAUGCAGGACCGCAUGCCAAGCUUACAGCUAUGCUUAUGAUGCCGCCAACUCUACCUUCAGUUGUGCAUCUACCGAUUACCAAGUUACAUUCUGCCCAGGUAAGAAAGCAGUUAUUACAGGAAACAACUCUCGGCCAUCAUCAGGGGAGAUAACACCAAGCCCUUCUGCAGGCAACACGACAGUUAUUACAGCGAACAACUCUCGGCCACCAUCAGGGGAAAUAACACCGAGCCCUUCACCAGAAAUAAGGCCUAAUAUUAUAUCAAGAAGACAAUGGGUGCCAAUUAUAGCAGGACCUGUAGGUGGUGUUCUUGCCAUUAUUUCUUUUGUAGUUAUUAUUGUUUGGAGGGUCAGGAGGAGCAGGUCUGAAGAUACUGAGGAGGAUGUGGAAGAUGAUCAUAUAAAGCAAGUUCCAGGAAUGCCUGUUAGGUUUUCAUAUGAAGAUCUGCGCCUUGCAACCGAUGAUUUCAAGGAAAUACUUGGAAAAGGAGGCUUCGGGUCUGUGUUCAAAGGAGUACUUGCUGAUGGAACAGGAAUUGCUGUGAAGCGUUUGGAUAAAUUAGGCCAAGGAAAGAGGGAAUUUGUAGCAGAAGUUGAGUCAAUUGGAAGUCUACACCAUUUUAACUUGGUGAGACUGAUAGGAUUUUGUGCAGAGAAAUCACACAGGCUUUUAGUACACGAGUAUCUGAGUGUUCUAUCAACAACAAUUACAAUAACAAACAAUUGUAAAUACACAGUAUGGCCAGUCAUUUGCUCUUAUGAAUCAGCUACCUACACAACCGGUUUUUCCCUUGCAAAGAAUGAGUCAAAGAAAACAACAGCACGAGCUUCCUGGAGUGGGCGUAUUUGGGGCCGCACGUAUUGUUCCGAAGACUCCUCAGGAAAUUUCUCCUGCAUCACAGGCGACUGUGGCUCCGGAAAACUAGAAUGUUCAGGCAGCCCUGCUCCUCCUGUAACGAUGGCAGAGUUAUCGAUUGGUGGUGAUAAUGGCCUUGAUUAUUUUGAUGUUAAUCUUGUUGAUGGCUUCAACCUGCCUUUGGUUGUUGUGCCUUCUGCUCAGAACUGUACAAGCUCAGGAUGCUUUGCAGAUUUGAAUGAAUCAUGUCCUUCAGAGCUUCAGGUUACCAGUGCUACAGAAGGCAAGACUGUGGGAUGCAGGAGCAUGUGCCAAGUGACUGGGUUGUCGAAGUCUUGCUGUAAUGCCAGCUUAACGCCUUCAUGUUCAUUGUAUUCUCGAGUUCUUAAAGAUUCGUGUCCACGGGUUUACAGCUAUUCUUAUAGUAAGGCGACCUCUACCCUCACUUGUGCAUCUACCAAUUACCAAGUUACAUUCUGCCCAGUCAACACAACAGUUAUGACACCAAAAAACUCUCGGCCAACAUCAGGUGAGAUAACACCGAGUCCUCCACCAGAAAUAAGGCCUCAUACUGCUUCAAAAAGACAUUGGGCGCCAAUUAUAGCAGGACAAAUUAUAGCAGGACUCGUGGGUGGUGUUCUUGCCAUUAUUUCUUUUGUAGUUAUUAUUAUUUGGAGGGUCAGGGGGAGCAGGUCUGAAGAUACUGAGGAGGAUGUGGAAGAUGAUCAAAUAAACCAAGUUCCAGGAAUGCCUAUUGUGUUUUCAUAUGAAGAACUGCGGGUUGCAACUGAUAAUUUCAAGGAAAUACUUGGAAGAGGAGGCUUUGGCCAAGAAUCUUCCCUAGAUUGGCAGACACGAAAGAAGAUUAUUCUUCACAUCGCGAAAGGGCUGGCUUAUCUUCAUGAAGAAUGCCGACAGACCAUAAUGCAUCUCGAUAUAAAGCCGCAGAACAUACUCUUAGAUCCGAAUUUCAAUGCCAAAAUCUCUGACUUCGGGUUAUCUAAACUGAUUGAUAGGGAGAUGAGCCAAAUUCAACUGACAAUGAGAGGAACCCCUGGAUAUCUUGCUCCAGAAUGGCAUCAAGAAUUAGGCCGCAUCUCUGUUAAAGUUGACAUUUACAGCUUUGGAAUUGUUCUACUGGAAGUCGUUUGUGCACGCAAAUGCGUUGAUCACUCGCAACCAGAAUCUGCCUUCCAUUUGCUUAAAAUGUUGCAGAACAAAGCUGAAAACAUUUGGAAAUAUUUAGUUGAAUAUAUGCAGAGUGAUAGGGAGGAAAUAAUCAGGAUGAUAAAGAUUGCUGCUUGGUGUUUACAAGAUGACCCAGAAAGUAGGCCACCCAUGUCAACAGUUGUGAAAGUAUUGGAGGGUGUAAUGGAGGUAGAUUCAAACCUGGUGUAUAGGUUUUCACAUGCACUGACAUCUUCUCCUGCUGUUAAUCAACAGAUUUCUUCAGCACCGAUGCCAGCAUCUGUUCUUUCUUAUCCUAGAUGA